UCUCUCUUUCUCUCUUUCUCUCUUUCUCUCAUUCUCUCUUCUCCAUUAUUUAUUCUUUAUAUUUUCUUCCAACUCCUCCCAUUCCACUUCCAGUUUCACCUUAUUCUUACAACCAUCACCAUAUUUAUAUUUUUUUUAUUUUUAUUUUUAUUCGCUAUUCACACACUAUCAUCUUCAUCAUCAUCAUCAUCAUGUUGGCUAUGCAAGCCGCCUCCGCCGUCAACAGUUACACCUCCGCCUCUACCACCACCUCCAACUCCGACAACCAUCACCACCGUCAGUAUCCUCUCUUGGUCCCUGCACCACCAUCACCACCGCCACCUGCCCUCAGCAGGUACGAAUCACAGAAGCGGCGAGACUGGAACACAUUCGGGCAGUACCUAAAGAACCACCGGCCACCACUAACGCUAUCCCGCUGCAGCGGGGCUCAUAUUCUGGAGUUCCUCCGCUACCUGGACCAGUUCGGGAAGACCAAGGUCCACACCUCCUGCUGCCCAUUCUUCGGCCACCCACAACCCCCUGCUCCCUGCCCCUGCCCUCUCCGACAGGCCUGGGGCAGCCUCGACGCCCUCAUCGGCCGCCUCCGCGCCGCCUUCGAGGAGAACGGCGGCCACCCGGAGACGAACCCGUUCGGGACCCGAGCCGUGAGGCUGUAUUUAAGGGAAGUGAGAGAGUCGCAGGCGAAGGCCAGAGGAAUUGCUUACGAGAAGAAGAAGCGUAAGAAGUCCGGUAUGCCUUCGGUGAAGAAGAACCAACCUAUGCCUCUGUUGGAUCAUUCCGCUUCCUAAUUAAUUUCCAUCCUAAGCUAUGUUGUUAUUAAUCCAUUAAUCUUCUUCCUUUGAUUAAUUGGGGAAACCCCCUAAAUCAAAAUAUAGUUUAGUAUUUUGUUUAAUUACCCCCUUCCCCCCCGUUGUUUAUAUAUUAUUAUUAUUCAGACAAUUUUCUAUUUCAUUUGCCCAUAA